AUGCUCGCGCGAGCUCAGCCACACCUUCUGCGGCUCAGCCGACAAGCUCACUGUGCUACUGGACAGCUGAAGUACGGGUCUCGCGCUUUCUCCGCCUCCCAACGACCACUGCACGCCGGCUGCUCGAAUCCCACAACUUCAUCAUCGACACCGCCCAAACUCCGGUUCGCGCCCUCUCCGACAGGCUACUUGCACCUCGGCGGCCUCCGAACAGCUCUGUACAACCACCUGCUGGCGAGGAAACUGGGCGGAAAGUGGGUGCUGAGGAUCGAGGAUACGGAUCAGACACGCUACGUCGAAGGAGCCGUCGAGUCACUGUUGCGGACGCUGGAAUGGGCGAAGCUAGACUUUGACGAAGGUCCAGGACGGGACGGCGGAAAAGGCCCGUACUUCCAGUCGCAGCGAAAGGAGGUGUACGAUCGCUAUCUCGAGCCGCUCAUUUCGUCAGGCAAAGCCUACCGCUGCUUCUGCACGCCCGAACGACUCGCCUCGACGCGGAAACGGUUACAGAAGGAAGGUUCGAACGAGGGCUACGAUCGGAGAUGUCUCGGCUUGUCGGAGGAAGAGGUGCAGGAACGGUUAGCGAAGGGCGAAAGGAACAUCAGCUCGAACGCCUCAAUGACGCAGGAAGACCUCAUCUACGACUCGAUCCACUACGACUCGCUGCCGCUCGAGGACUUUGUCCUGCGCAAGUCGGACGGACUGCCGACCUACCACUUUGCGAACGUCGUCGACGAUCACGAGAUGGGCAUCACGCACGUCCUGCGAGGAGAGGAAUGGCUACCAUCGACGCCCAAGCACAUGCAGCUCUACGAUGCGCUUGGAUUGCCACGGCCAAAGUUCGCACACCUCCCCCUCCUCGUCAAUCCGGACGGCAGCAAGCUGAGCAAGAGGGCGGGCGAUGUGCGGGUUGAGGACUACAUUGCCAAGAGCUACGAACCCGAAGCGCUCCUCAACUUCGUUGCCCUGAUGGGCUGGUCCCCUCAGUCCUCCGCCUCUUCUUCGCCUCCGGAAGACUCCGAGUCAGCCGCCUCCGCCGUACCCAAUUCCGACAACACCGACGUCCUCCCUCUCCAUGACUUGAUCGCCCAGUUCUCGCUCGAAGCCGUCAACAAGAAUCGCGCGUCGAUGCAGGCUGCGAAACUCGACUUCCUGAAUCGAGCUCACAUUCGGCUGAAGCUGGAGGACCGAAGCGAGGGCGGAGGAAGGGCGGAGUUGGCGAAGCGGGCGAGGCAGAUCUUGGUGGACAAGUGGCCGGAGCUGUCGGAGGAAAAGCCGGCGCUCGCUGACGAGAGCUACGUGAUCAGGGUUGUUGAGGCGCUCAAGGACCGGAUCUACAAGCUGCUUGACAUCCCCUCCCUCGGCCCCUACUUCUUCUUCGCGCCCGACUACUCAUCGGCACUUGCGACCAAGCUCUACCAGAGCGUCUCGCCCGAAGUCUACACCUCAACACUCUCAAAAGUCCGCGACCUCGUCUCUUCACUUCCCGACUCGGCUUUCGAGCCGCAAAGUAUCCCCAACGCACCUAGUCCCGUCAAAGAGGCGCUGGACCAGCUCGUCUUGAGCCACCCGGACGGGAAGAAGGCGGCGAAGGAGAUUAUGAUGCCGCUCAGGCAUGCUCUGACGGGUCAGAAGGUCGGUGCAAGCGUUCCGGACAUCGUCUCGGUCCUCGGCAAGGCGGAGGUGCUCGCGCGACUAGACAGCGGAUUGGCAUGGGCGAAGGAGCGAGCGAGCGCAUAG